AUGGAAGCUCCACAGGUGAUCUUCUUGUCUCCGGCUCCUCUGCAUCCUCAUAUCUACAGCAACGGCCAUAUUUGUUUGGAUAUUUUGUAUGAUUCUUGGUCCCCUGCCAUGACUGUUAGUUCUGUCUGCAUCAGCAUUCUGUCCAUGCUAUCAAGUUCAACUGUAAAGCAACCACCUGAAGAUAAUGAUCGUUAUGUAAGGAACUGCAGAAAUGGGAGAUCUCCAAAGGAAACGAGGUGGUGGUUUCAUGACGACAAAGUGUAA